GUAAUCGUACAUGUCCUAGUGACUGGGAAUCGGAAAUAGAAGUGUUCCAUCUCCCUUGCUGGUACCAAGAAUCGUUCUUCAAAUUACACCGUUGCAUAGCACGUGGAGCUUACCGUAUAUGUGGUUUUAUACGUUUCUAAUACAUUAGUACUGCCAAGCAACAGCAGGUUACUCAACGUGCUUUCAUUCGUAACUGUCCCAAUCACAGACAUACCAAGCCGAUUUCUCUCUCAAAAUAUCUCAGUAACACGGACAUCGGUGACAUCAACGAGACAAGCACUCGGCACAACCCGCUGCACGCAAGACAACCGUUAAAGCCACAAGUUACAAUGCCAGUUUCAACACGAUAAAGUCAGAUUCCGAUAGUCAAAUUAAGAAAUAGAAAGUGUAUCACUGCAGGCUCGUCCAGCCCCCCCGGGACGGCUUACCAUGCAUGAUAGCGCGCACGCGUCUUGAUGUAAGAUUUUGAUCCCGGGCCCGAUAGAUAGACCCCUUCCUUCAUCUGAUCGUUAUAUCUUUAACCGCACUCAAAGUUUAUAUGUAACUUGCAUUUGUGCCACACACCAAAUCUAAUUGCGGAUCUUGUUACUUUCUGUUGGUACCAAAUGGACAUCACAGCACCAUCACCACCAUCACGGGUUCGUAAGUACUGGACGGACGACGAGGACCAGAUCUUGCGCAGAGAAGCUACACUGCAAUGUAAAUGCCACCCGCUUUCUUUAAAACCUCUUUGCUUGGAGUGGCUAUGCUCCGCGCAACUAAAACAAACAAUAGGCUAAUUCUAAUGUUUUCAAUAAAUAGUUAAAGAAAGAGGAAUCGUGAACGAUUGGAACUUGAUCGCGUCGAAAGUCCGGGGUAGGACGAAUAAAGAUUGCCGGAAGAGAUGGAGCAAAGUGGGAAAAGAGGUCAACAAAGGACUCUGGGAUCAUGAGGAAGACGAUCGAUUAAGGCGAGGGGUGGAGCAGCACGGUACCUAGUAUGUACACCCGAACCACGAAGCAUAUCUUCCAGAGCUAAACUUUUCUCGUAGUUGGACUAUGGUGGCCGAAAUAGUACAGACAAGACAUGCAGAUCGUGAGUAUAUUUCCAAGCAACACUUAAAUACAAUUCAUUCAAAUGCUAACUUGACGUGUGAAAAGAAUGCGCCAAAAGAUGGUACCAUUUUCUCGAUCCAAACAUUAGUCAUGAGGAUUGGGAUAGCGAUGAAGAAGCUCGACUUUUAGAGGCUGUUGGUGUGCACGGAAGAAGUUGGAAGAGCAUAAGUGAAAAGGAGUUCCCAAAUCGCUCACCAACGGAUAUAAAGAACAGGUUAGGAGAACCCCUUAACACCACAAAAUUUCAGCACAGCACUUACUUAUUUUUUUUGGUGUAGAUAUGUUAUCAUGGAAAGGAAGGGCAGAUUAAAACGAAGGAAAUCGUCCACAACUCAAUGCACUCCAGCACGAGAACGCAGUGGCUUCGACUUUCCAAAACCGGAAAGACUGAACCAAGGAUUGCGCACAGAAUCAUCACCUGACAAUGUGAUGGAAUACGAAACCGAGAACACUCUGAUGGGCCAAUUACCACUUCCGGGACUUCCUCUCCAGCUCACAGCUCAACAAAUAUCCCAGAACCACUUUAACGACGCACAUUCACUUUUCAACUUUGAUGGGCUACCACCUUUGCAGUUCAACGAUAUGUCUUAUUCAUCUACGGAACCUUCGUCUCCCGGAAUUUCACUGUCCCAAAACCCGGUUCCUACAGGGUACAACAUGGGCAUACAGACUGUUGGUGGGCUGACAAAUGAAACGGAAGCAGACAUCGACCAGCUUUACUGUGAAGAUAUGAAUUUUGAUUUGGCAUUAGCCGAAGCAUUCUCAGCUCCAGAUCAUCGACAAUCAAUAGCUUCGACGCCACCAACCGUGAGCUCGGCAUCCGAUGUUCAGGCUGGAGGACAUAACUACAAGCUGAUACUAGAGGAUGUGAAGCCAGAUACGUUGUUCUCCAUCGUAAACAUGCUUGUGGAGUCCAGGAGUAAUGUGAAGAUGGAAGUUUUCAGUAACGUUGCUUGAUACCCCGGGAAUAUUUUGGCACGACUUUCAUAUUAACGAGGAUUCUGGGAAAUGGAUACUGUACAUAUUUUCUUGUAACCUUUACUUUAGGGGAUGCAUGGAUUUGGGGAUUUUUGCUGGCCCCACAGGCGCAUUGGUGGGUUGGGUAUAUCGAUUUGAGAAAGAGCCUUAUCACGAAUAGACGAAUGACUUUAGUCGUCCAUGGAAGACAGGAUGGCAAGGAUAUAGAAACAUGAGACAUUUAACACGUUU